UCCGAGAUAUGGGAGAAAACCUGUUCAGGCUGUUGGUUUUCUAAAGCAUUCCGCCUUCAGGAAGCUGAGAUGGGGACCAAUAUGAGGGUGCUGAGUUUGCUGGCGAUUGUCAUUCUGCAAUGCCUUGUUGUUCAUGCCCACAGAGACAGAAAUAAAAUCGUUGGUAAAACAGAAGCAAGACAGAUCCUUAAUGAGCUUAGACAGAGGCACGACUCACACAUCUCAAAGAGGUCAGCAGACAUUAAUUUCGGACAGGAAGAUGAGGAUAUUGACCAGUUGUUGCUUCGAGCUUUAAAGAAGGAGGAGGAAGAGAAUGGCGAUAGCGAAGACAACAACGACGACAGUGGCAAGGGAGGCAACUCUAAUGAUGGGGCUAAACUUAUAGAAGAAGCUCUUAAGGGUAACGUCGACCCAGAUUCUGACGUGGUAAACCUACUAGAGAGUAUGUUUGUGGAUGAGGGAAACAGGCACAAUCUACACCCUGAUGGUAUUGAUAAGAUAGCUCUUAAGAAAGGGAAAGUCUUUGGUGACACACACGACAAUCAUAGACUAACACAGCAACAACUCGAUGAUUUAAAAAACAACAGUGGUGGAAGAAAGAGAAGGAAUUUCUUAAAAUCGGCUCCACUUUGGCCAGAUAACAUUAUUCCAUACACAAUCGACAGCAGUUUAUCCAACAAGCAAAGAAACGUGGACGUUAUAAAUAAAGGGAUCAAGCAGUUUGCAGACUACACGUGUUUGAAAUGGGUACCCCAAGGCUCCACCGAGGCUCAGAAACUUACCCAUAGUUCCUACAUCGAGUUCUUCUCUGGAAGUGGAUGUUGGUCUUACGUGGGAAAGGUUUUUUCAGGAAAACAACAAGUUAGCCUUCGGGACCCUGGAUGUGUUUCAGUUUCCACAACAGUUCAUGAAAUGACACAUGCUAUAGGUCAAAUGCAUGAACAAUCCCGUACUGACCGUGAUAACCAUGUCACCAUGUUAUGGGCGAAUACACAGGGUGGGACAGGCAACAACAACAUGGCAAAAAGCAAUACCCACGACUACAACCCAUACGACUACGAAUCAGUUCUUCAGUAUAGUUUAACGGCAUUCUCCACUAAUGGCAAACCGACAAUGGAGUUUCGUGACCGUCGAUUGGAUUUCUUGGCUGACUCAGCAACUGGUCUUAUGUUUUACGACAUCCAGGACAUUACUGAUGCAUAUGAUUGCACUAAACCCUGCAAAGGUCCAAAUGGUGAUGUCCCCCUGAAGCAGUGUCAGAAUGGAGGAUUUGUCCUACAUACCUGUGAUUGUCAUUGUCCUGAGGGACUUACUGGAACGCUGUGUGAAACACCUGCUACUGAUCCAGUUUGUGGUGGUAUAGUAAACGUAGCAAAUGGAGAAACCAAGACAAUAACAACGCCUGAUUUCAACAAUGGAGGUCCAUAUCCCACCGGUAAAAAAUGUGUCUGGUUAGUGAAGGGUCCGGUUGGGAAAAGCAUUCAAAUGACUAUAACGGAGAUGGAUUUAACAACGCAAAAUGGAGCAUGUAGUCAUUGGUUAGAAAUACAGUAUAACCUGCUAGGACAGACUGGACCGAGACGCUGUGGAACAGUUAGCAAUGAUGUUUAUGUGACGUCAGAGUAUGGUGACCCUACUAAGAUGUUACUGAAAUUUGACAGUGCUUUUGCUUCUAAUGUAGCAGCCGGCAAAGGUUUUUCUUUGACAGUGAAAGCUGUUGGACAGGGAUGUAGGUCAACACCUUGUAAGCAAGGAACAUGUACUGAUGUUGGUGAUAGUUUUACCUGCUCCUGCUAUCCAGGUUUCAGUGGACAACUAUGUGAUACUCUUACUGCAUCUGGGAGCGUUUCAUGUGGAUUUGAAAGUGGCGAGACUUGUUUCUUUGCAAAUUCACCAACAAAUUCCUACAACUGGAUUUCAAAUUCGGGUUCCACUCCGUCUAGUGGUACCGGGCCUUCUGGAGCUAAGACUGGAACACAGUAUCUCUAUGCAGAGGUUUCCAGUCCUGUAGAAAGUGGUGCUAAAUUUCAUUUUGAGACACCUUUAAUUCCAGCUACCCAAAGAUGUUUGUCUUUCUGGUAUCACAUGAAUGGUGGUAAUGUGGGAACAUUGAACGUUCUACGGAAUGGAAACCAGGUCUGGACUAAAACGGGAACUCAAGGAGACCAGUGGAAUAAGGCUGAAUUUAAUGUUAAUGACAAUAUCAAUUACAAGGUAACAUUUGAAGCAAUACGAGGAGAUGGCUGGCAAGGUGAUGUUGCUAUAGAUGACGUUUUAUUAUCCGCAACACCCUGUGGCCAAUUAUCAACUCCACAGCCUAGUACACAAGCACCAACAACACAACAGCCAACAACUCGGCAACCAACAACACAACAACCGACAACUCGGCAACCAACAACACAACAGCCAACAACUCCGCAACCAACAACACAACAGCCGACAACUCGACCUCCGACUAAUCAGCAGGAACUGCACUGUACCUUCGAGGAUUCUACUUGCUUCCUACAAAACAUAAAUGGAGAUUCUUUCGACUGGACAGUAAGAUCAGGGAAUACGCCAUCAAGUAGUACAGGUCCCUCGUCUGCUUAUGAGGGAACUAUGUAUUCUUACAUAGAGGCAACAGGAAAAAGGAGAAAUACAGAAGCCAAGCUUCAAAGUUCAGCAAUUGCAACAAGCCAGAUUUUCUGUCUGACUUUCGCUUACCACAUGUAUGGCGCAAAUAUCGGCUCCCUGACCGUGGACGUUAUUUCCGCUGGUGGCACGCAGACUCUGUUUAGUGAAAGCGGCAACAAAGGAAAUGUGUGGCAAAAAGCAUAUAUUCCAGUUUCACCAACAAACGGCAUUAUCGAAUUUACUGCAUCCCGUGGGAAUGGUUUCCGUGGAGACAUAGCAAUUGACGACGUUCACUUCCUGGCAGGUGACUGUGUUGUCCCCACCACCACCACCCCCGCCCCCCUGUCUCCUCCUCUGAGCUGUACCUUUGAGCCAGGGACAACCUGCUUCAUGACACAAUCACGAGGAGACGAUUUUGAUUGGACAAUGAAAGUUGGUGGAACAAGCUCUUCAAAAACUGGACCUAGUGCGGCAUUUGAAGGUACUACAUAUGCCUACACUGAGGCUUCGGGACGUAGGUCCGGAGACCGAGCUGUCCUUGAAAGUCCAUCAAUUAUGACAGCUGAUUCAAUGUGCCUGUCCUUCGCUUAUCACAUGUAUGGUAAUAAGAUGGGAUAUCUGGAAGUCAUUUAUGAUAAUAUGACAGUCUUUGCCGAGUUUGGGGACAAAGGAGACAACUGGCAUCAAGCGAAGGCUACUCUUUACCCCACCACCUCUGGACCAAAUAUACAGUUUGUGGGUACACGUGGAUCCGGAUUCAGAGGAGAUAUUGCCAUUGACAACAUUCAGGUCAACACAGGAGAGUGUGUCCUAGAUUGUUCUGAUAAUCCUUGCGGUCCUAACAGCGUGUGUAUUGCUGAUCCAGGUACAACAGCUGGUUUCAGAUGUGAGUGUACACCAGGCUUCAGUGGGCAAUUCUGUGAAAUAGCUGUCGGUCCUGUAGAAUGUACAUUUGAAGAUGGAGAGAACUGUUUCCUAGAAAACGAACUAUUCGACGUAUUUGAUUGGACCAUAAAAUCCGGAAGAACACCAAGUGGCAAUACGGGUCCUAAUUCUGCCAUACAGGGUAAUAAGUACGCAUACAUUGAGGCCACAGGGCGUAGGUCGGGUGACAUGGCAAUAUUGGCUUCUACAACCAAAUUUGAAAGCGGGGAAAGGUGUUUAUCUUUCCAAUACAGUAUGUUUGGAGAUGGUAUUGGUGAACUGAGAGUAAUGCAGAACUCUUUGUAUUCGAUCGAACUCUUUUCAAAGAUUGGUCAACAGAGCAGUUCUGCAAAUGACUGGAAAAUGGCCGGAAUCGAUGUUUAUCAUGAUGCCAACGAUACGAUUAUGUUUGAAGCCUCAAGAGGAAGCAAUUACAAGGGCGAUAUAGCAAUAGAUAAUAUCCGAUACAUUCCUGGACGAUGUGGUUGUGAUAGCAUCACCUGUAUGAACGGGGGAACAUGUAUGGAUACGGCCACAGGAGGUGUUUGUCAGUGCCCACCGAUAUACUCAGGAGCCCUCUGUGAAAACUUCGCGGACAAUGUGCUUUCCUGCACAUUUGAUGACAAUCCAUGCUUCUUGGAAAACGUCACAGGUUCAGAUACUAUGAACUGGAGAAUAUCGAGGGGAAGUACCCCAAGUAGUAGAACAGGACCGAGUGUUCGAUUGGAUGGACCUUACGCGUACAUUGAAGCUUCCCGAAGAAGACGUGGAAAUAAUGCUAUUCUUACAUCCGAAUCAACGUCCAUUGCUGAUGUCGGACCCCGAUGUCUUCGAUUCUCCUACAACAUGUAUGGUUCUAAUAUGGGGACGCUGCGUGUGCUUGCCGGAGAGCGUGGCGCAGAGGUGGAGGUAUGGAGUCUCUCUGGAAAUCAAGGAGAUGUGUGGACUCCUGUAGAAGUGGAAAUUCCGGCAGCAACUGACCUCGUGGUUCAAUUUGAGGGAAUUCGCGGAAAUGGUUUCAGAAGUGAUAUGGCAAUUGACACUAUCAGUCUGUCCGAGACUCCUUGUACAGGACCUUCGCCAGCUUGACGUUAGAAUCUUGAUCAAAUGAAUUAAAUGUCCACCCUUCAAGACAUUCUUGAUUAGGCCUAGUUCACUUUUUUUUUUGUAAUUUGAGUGCAAUGCACUGCAAACAUUGUUACAGUAUAAGAAUUUAAUGAAAAAUCUAUACAUAUUAGUGUCUGAUUUGUUCAAUCAAAUGUUUGCUUUAAUAAAAUGUUUGUUUUCGUA